UGCUUUCUGCAUCUAUUCAGGCAAAGAAAAAAGAAGAAUGGAUGAAGGAAACUGCUCCUCCAUCACUGAAUUUAUUCUACUGGGAAUCACUGAUGACCCUAGCAUGAAAGUGGUUCUAUUCAUUUCAUUUCUUAUCAUCUAUCUCAUUAUUCUUGUGGCAAAUAUUGGAAUUAUUGUUUUGAUCAGAAUAGAUCCUCAGCUUCACACACCAAUGUACUUCUUCCUCAGCCAUCUCUCUUUCUCAGACCUCUGUUAUUCCACUGCUGUUGGACCAAAGAUGCUGGUAGAUUUACUGGCCAAACACAAAUCUUUAUCUUUUUUGGGCUGUGCAUUACAGUUUUUCUUUACCUGUGUCUUUAUAGAUGUUGAGUGUGUGCUGCUGGCAGUGAUGGCCUUUGAUCGGUACAAGGCCAUCAGCAAUCCCCUGAUGUAUGUUGUAGACAUGUCCAGUAGAUUUUGUUACCAGCUUCUGGCUGGAGUUUAUGUAUUAGCAAUGAUAGAUACUCUGAUGCAAACUAUAAUAACCUUUGGGUUGUGUUUCUGUAGGUCAAAUGAGAUUAAUCAUUUCUUCUGUGAUCUUCCACCUAUUCUGUUAUUAUCUUGCUCAGAUAUAUAUGUCAAUGAAUUAGCAUUGUUUGUGUUUUCUGGGUUUGUUGAGUUGUGCACUAUUUCAGGACUUCUUGUUUCUUACAGUUACAUUAUUGCAUCAGUCUUGAAGAUCAGCUGUGAUGAGGGCAGAUUCAAAGCUUUCUCCACUUGUGCCUCCCACCUGACUGCAGUUGCAAUUUUUCAGGGAACUCUGCUCUUUAUGUAUUUCCGGCCAAGUUCUUCAUACUCCUUAGAUCAAGAUAAAACAACCUCAUUGUUUUAUACCCUGGUGAUACCUAUGCUCAACCCUCUGAUUUACAGCCUGAGAAACAAGGACGUGAAAGAAGCCCUGUACAAACUGAGAAAUAAAAGGUCAUUUAAAUAAUUGUUUUAUAUUUGUAUAUGUGCAAGAUAUAGUAGGAGUGAUUGUUG